GGCUACAACCGUCCCCGAGCAUAUAUCGCUGCGCAGGGUCCUCUCAAGUCCACGUUCGAGGAUUUUUGGAGGAUGGUGUGGGAGCAGAACACUGGAAUCAUUGUAAUGAUCACAAACCUGGUGGAGAAAGGAAGAAGGAAAUGUGACCAGUACUGGCCGAUGGAGAACAGCGAGCAGUACGGGAACAUCGUGGUGACGCUGAAAAGCACCAAAGUGCACGCCUGCUACACACUGCGGCGUUUCCAUAUCAGGAACACUAAAGUUAAAAAGAGCCAGAAGGGGAAUCCAAAGGGGAAGCUGAAUGAACGCAUUGUGGUCCAGUAUCACUACACUCAGUGGCCUGACAUGGGAGUACCAGAAUACACCCUCCCCGUGCUCACGUUCAUCAACCGCUCAUCAGCAGCCGCUCACUCUGCAGACAUGGGUCCCGUCCUGGUGCACUGCAGUGCAGGGGUUGGGCGCACAGGAACAUACAUCGUCAUUGACAGCAUGCUGCGACAAAUCAAGGACAAAAGCACAGUCAGUGUCCUGGAUUUCCUCAAACACAUCCGCACACAACGCAACUACCUAGUGCAGACGGAGGAGCAAUAUGUUUUCAUCCAUGAUGCUCUGACGGAGGCGAUCCUGUGCAAAGAGACAGAGGUGCCUGCCUGGCAGCUGCACGGUUACGUCAACAGCAUCCUCACGCCCAACUCCACAGGCUACACGCGGCUGGAGAAGCAGUUCAGGCUUCUGACUCAGUGCAACACGCGCUUCGUCGAGUGCUUUAGUGCCCACAAAGACUGCAACAAGGAAAAGAACCGCAACUCCUCAGUGGUUCCCUCGGAGCGAGCAAGGGUUGGACUCACCACUUUGCCUGGAAUGAAAGGAACAGAUUACAUUAACGCGUCCUACAUAAUGGGUUACUACAGGAGUAAUGAGUUCAUCGUGACCCAGCAUCCCUUGCCCCACACCACCACAGACUUCUGGAGGAUGAUUUGGGACCAUAAUGCUCAAAUCAUUGUCAUGUUGCCUGACAACCAAGGCCUGGCUGAGGAUGAAUUUGUUUACUGGCCAAGUCGUGAAGAGGCCAUGAACUGCAUCGCCUUCACCGUCACACUCAUCAGCAAGGACAGACUGUGCCUCUCAAACGAGGAGCAGAUCAUCAUUCAUGACUUCAUCUUAGAAGCCACUCAGGAUGACUAUGUUCUGGAAGUGAGACAUUUUCAGUGCCCGAAAUGGCCGAACCCUGAUGCUCCGCUCAGCAGCACCUUUGAGCUCAUCGGCGUCAUCAAGGAGGAGGCGAUGACCCGAGACGGCCCCACCAUCGUGCACGAUGAGUACGGAGCAGUGUCGGCAGGAAUGUUCUGCGCCCUCACCACGCUCUCCCAGCAGCUGGAGAACGAGGGCGUCGUCGACAUCUAUCAGGUGGCAAAGAUGAUCAACCUCAUGAGGCCGGGAGUCUUCACUGAUAUAGAGCAGUACCAGUACCUUUACAAAGCCAUGCUCAGCCUGGUGAGUAACAGAGAGUGUGGCCUGAGCCCCAUGCACAUGGACACUAAUGGAGUGAUGGUGACAGCGGACGAGUCGGACCCUGCAGAGAGCAUGGAGUCGCUCGUCUGAGGACAAUUCCCACGGGCACUUAAUUUGUAAAAAAACAAAAAAAAAAAAGAUCGGAGAACUUUUCUGAGGCCUUUUUUUUGCCGGACUCUUGAUUAAAUGAAAUAACCUUAUUACUUUUUUUAUACUGAUAAAAGGUUUUUUGAUA